UUUGGCAAGCAGCAGUUCUGACAAGAACAAUGCAGUAGAUGACAAAAUGAAUACAAUUCAAUUGGUUAUUUUCUGGGUUGUGAAGUAAUGCGACUAAUGAACAGCGUCGAAAAUAGAAAAACUCUCGCCCACUUGCCUUCCAACCCCUUCAUGAUAACGUGAUGCUUUCAAGCUGAUUUGUCAUGCAGCGGUUGGGGGGCAUCCUGUGAAAAUGGGAGGACAAACCAACACCUCGCCAGAUCUACCACUUUUGCUGUCCCUUAAUUUAUUUCAGCUUUUCUGUUCUCGUCUUCCUCUUUUAUUUAUGUAUGAGUCUUAUUUAUUUAUAUCCUCCUCACACUGCCUGAGAGAUGUGAAUCAAGGUGAGCCGUUCAAAAAUGCUAAUGUAUACACAGUAGUGUUAUGAAAGUAUACAGUACGUAGGCCAAGUGCAAGUGGGACAUUUAAGAGCAUCAAAAAGGAGUAUUUAAGCUUGGCCAACAAUUUGGCCAAGAAGCAACAAUUUGUCCAGCAGCGCCUAUACUUACUGAUGUGUAGUACAGCUGCUUUUAGCACACUUCUUCCUGUAGUGAUACUCUCAGAGGAGCCUCAUCUGUCUGUAGCCGUGUUGGUUUCAUCUGGAAGUGCCAUGUGAAGUGAAGAGGAAAGAGGGCUUUGCUCACAGCCUCAACCUGUCUUCACUACACUCCACGCUCUCAGGGGAGCUGGCCCGGACCACAGCAUUGUAGAGAGAAACAAUAAUACAACGGACAGAUGGAGGGACAGAAGCUCAGCGAGGGAGAUGAGAGCUGCAGACAAACUGGAGGAAAUCGAGGGACAGGAAGCUCAAGACUUGUCAGAGCUGAGGCCCUGAGAGAGCAUGAAGACAAGCUGUGACUCCCCUCACUGCAGCCCAAAAAGAUAUGGCAUAACCCGGGUGACCUGCUAAUCAACCAUGAUAGCCCUAAAGCUGUGACUGGCAUUAUAAACCCUUUCUUCUAUACCCUACACAGACCCUCCUCCUCCUCUGCCACAUUCCUUCCCAGACACCUUUGCUACUUUCUUUUCUCCAACAAACACACCCUUCCUUUGUUCCUGCCCCUGCAUUUGUCCUCCUAAUUAGAAUAAAAUCCCCUCUUUCAUCUUCAUCAUGCAGAGUCUUUCCACCACUUCGGGUUUCAUUGUUAUUCUCUCCUCACUCCUAAUUGCCACCCGCUUUCCCAGCGUGGUCAAUGGGGACUGCUGGCUCAUUGAAGGGGACAAAGGUUAUGUGUGGCUGGCUAUCUGCAGUCAGAACCAGCCACCUUACGAGACCAUUCCACAACACAUCAACAACACUGUCCAUGACUUGAGACUCAAUGAGAACAAGCUGAAAGCGGUGCACUUAAACUCAAUGUACCGCUUUACCAACCUCACAGACCUCAACCUCACCAAGAAUGAAAUCAGCUACAUCGAAGACGGCGCUUUUUCGGGACAAGCUAACCUCCAGGUUCUUCAACUGGGCUACAACAAGCUGACCAACCUAACAGAGGGUAUGAUGAGAGGGCUCGGCCGCAUGCAAUGUCUAUUCCUCCAGCACAACCUCAUUGAAGUUAUUGCCAGCAAUGCAUUAUGGGAGUGCCCCAGCCUUAGCAGCAUUGAUCUGUCGUCCAACAAACUUGCCCGCAUUGAUCCAUCGACCUUCACUGUUCUCAAUCGCCUAAUGGUUUGUGAACUGGCAGCAAAUCCGUUCCAUUGUGGCUGCGAUCUUUACAGCUUCCUAAUCUGGCUAGAAUCCUUUAACAACGUCACACACACCUAUGAUCGUCUCCAGUGUGAGACGCCUCGGGAGAUGUUUGGCUUUCCCCUACUGAGCCCCAUUCCUGCCGGUCACCCUGGUCGAAAUGCCAAAAACAUCUUGUACUCCCACUGCAGAGAUGGAGUGAUGAUUCAUGGAAUGACGUCCCUUCCACCAGACCUGGAUGGUCCAUCUGGAAUUGGUCCUGAGAUGUUUGGCGGUGUGGGACCUUACCACCAGCCAAACACCUCCACAUCCACAGAAAACAGCUUCAUUCCCAGCAUCAAGCUCCAUCAGGUCUCCUUGUCCUCGGCCUCUCUCCUUGUCCAGAUUCCGAAGCCCUUUAGCAAAAUGUAUAUACUAACCCAACACAACCACACAUAUGUGUCUGAUGUUAUGACUCUGAAGAACAAGAAGGAAAUGAUCACCCUCAACAAGCUCAAACCGCACACCAAUUAUACCUUCUGUGUGGCAUCCAUCCGUAACUCCCAACGAUAUAACCACACGUGCCUCCAAUUUUCCACACGUUCUCAAAAUCCAAACAACAUACUCCCCACACCAUCAACCACAACACACUACAUAAUGACCAUUGUGGGUUGUCUGUUUGGCAUGCUCAUUGUUUUGGGCUUUGUCUAUUACUGUUUACGUAAGAAACGCAUGCAUGAUGAAAAGAAGAAGUCUAUCUGUGUAAAGAAAACAAUAUUGGAAAUGCGUUACGGACCUGAGGUGGCGGCUGCAGUUGCAAAUGAUCCAGCAGCAGUCCACAAGCUUCAGGAACACACCAGAGAACACCACCAAUAUCACCACCACCAUGGGGGCAAGCUUCCCAUGUCCACAUCUUCUAGCUCUGGAAUGCUUCACUCAGCUAACACUACUUCCUCAAGACUUUCCUCUAUUCCCCAGGUGGAAAAAAUGGCCACUGCCUUCUCAGAAGCCAUGACAAGUAAAGCAAACUACAUGGAUAUCAGAAGUGGAGGGCCAGGAAUUGAGAGGCUCGGAGGAGAUAGUGGCCACGGAGGUAUUCGUGGGGAAGAUUUACGGGACGAUGACGGCACUGAUGUUGGGGAUGACUCAGAUGACGAUGGACAUGGCUCUGCGUCAGAGAUUUCGACCAUCGCCAUGGAGGUGGACAAAGUCAACCAAAUUAUAAACAAUUGCAUUGAUGCGCUGAAGCUGGAUGCAGCAGCUGUUGCAACUUCGGGCUCCUCCCCAAAUCCUACAAUGUCCUCCAACCCUACCUCCCCACCCCCAAACAGCACCGCCACUAUUACUCGUGGCUUAAUAACACUUUCCCAAGGGAUGACUGAAUCAUGCCACGUUAACAAAAUUCCACCUCCACCGCCACUCCCACUCCCUGCUUUGAAUACCCCACUUUCCGAGCGCCCAGGGAUCAGUGGUGGUGGAUUUGUUGUUACCCCUCCCUACAGGCCGCCUCCACCAGCCAAUGCCGUACGCCCCAUUCAGCGGCAAAUGAGUGCAGAUGCAGCGGUGGUAAUUGUAAAUGCUGUCAAGAAACAGAGCAGCACCGCCUCUUGCGGCUCUGUGGGUUGGGAAAGGGAACGUGGAGGGGCUCGUGUCUAUAGCCUGGAUGUUCCAGAGCCAAGGAGUCCAGAUGCCUGCAAUCAACAACAACAGUACCAAGACCGCGCCAGUCCUGUGGGCUGCGGGGAACCCCUGGAAAGAUUGCCGUUAGUGGGGAGUAUGAGCUGCACUGGAGGGGGUGGCAGUGGUUGCGACAGUGGUGGUGUUGGUGCCCAACAUCAAGAAAACCAAAAUCCGCACCAUUACCAACAACAGACGCAACAACAGCAGCAGUUGGAGGUGCAGCAGGACUACCACUGUUCAGAGCACCGCCACUCUGUCCCAGCUCUUUACUAUGAUGGCUCCCAUCAGGGGUCCCCAGCCCAGAAGGGUUCCUUCCUGAAGCCUCUAUCGCGCUCCCGUAAGGAUGCAGCAUCUUAUUCCCAGCUUUCGCCAUCUCGCCACCAUUCCAGUUACUCUGGCUACUCCUCCAGCCCAGAGUACUCCUCAGAGAGCACACUGAGGAUCUGGGAGCGCUUUCGUCCCUACCGUAAAGGCCAGCGUGAUGAGGCCUGUUACGUAACGGCCGGUAAUGCCCUUCGAAAAAAGGUGCAAUUCGCUAAAGGUGAGGACCUGCAUGACAUCCUGGAUUACUGGAAGGGCGUGUCAGCACAGCAAAAGCUUUGACUGGGGGACCAGUAUUGAGCAUUGAGAAGAAAAGAGCUUGUUUACUUCUGGUUUUAAGGUGCCCUUUCUGGGCUAGGAGAAAUUUCUUAAAAGGAAGAAAUGUGUUGGACACAGUUUUGCCUUUUAUUUUUUUUUGGCAUGCUCAGUGUUUAGAGUAUUGUGCGUCAAGCACAGACUGUGCAACUGUGCCUGGGAUAUACUGUAACUCACUAUGGUCUUUUAUUUUACACUUCAUUGUAGCACCAUUUCUGGAUUAUUCUAACAAUUGCAGGUUUUGUUUAUCUCACAGGGAGCAAAAGCUAACUGUGCAGUCUAGUAAUAUUUGUGCAGUGGUCACAUUUUGUGAUCUUUUAGACAGUACUUACUCAGUGCCAUGUUUUUAGUCUUUGGGACUGAAAUGUAAUAUAAUUUGUAUCUGAGAGGGUGGCUCCGUUGGAGCUGUUGAAAUGUGAAUUAUUGACAGUCAAAUACUGGCUCACCUUCUCUACCACUAGAUACCAGAUGGGGCAUGUAUAUUUACAUUUGCAAAAGCAGCUUCCACACAGCAAAAAGUAAAAAUGUUAAGUGGAACCUGCAUCAAAACUUCACGAGAGAUUAAAUCAUUGCCAGAAACAUGGUGGUACACCACAUUUUUUUCUGAUUCAUGCAAUUUUAUGCUCAAAUAAAUGACAUAAAAAAGAUCCCAUAUUAGGGUUUGGUGAUAAUGAAUGUGAAGGAAGGUUGGAUGAUUUCAGGAAGUAAUUGUAAAGGAAAUCCGAUUUAAGCAAAUUCAAUGUAAGAGGACACACUGUACAAAGUUGAAAAAACAUUCCAAAUCCUUUGAUAUUUAAAUUAACAAAGUGAUAGGACCCCUUUUCAAUUUACUACCAACAUUUCUCUUCUGUUGUGGUUAUUUUUUGCUAAUGUCUAUUGACUUAAUUAGCCAUCUCAUGACAGGCAUGUUGGCUUGCACCUUAUGGCUCAUAACUAAACGUUGGUGUGCAUGUUUGUGUGCGAGUGUGUGCGUGUGUGUGUGUGUGCGAGUGUGUGCGUGUGCGUGCGUGCGUGGUCAUGAACGUGGGUGUUGGCAUGCCUUGUCAGAUUUGAUCGUCUAUGCCCAAAUUGAUUUUAAUGAAUACUCGUGAAUAUCCUAUUAAAUAAAUGUCUGACUAUGUAUAAUUCUUUCCAGAUGAUGAAAGACAUGGAUGAAUGCACAAAGAACAGCAGUGUUAUUAUGUGUUAUUUUCCAGACAUACAUUAUGACACGUCAUUAUUCUAAAGUAGCGCAGUGCCUCUUGCUACUACAGCCAUGAUCUCAUUUAUGUACUGAAAGUAUUUUCUUUAAUUUGGCCUUUUCCAUUACAACGAUCUGUGUGGGAUCUCCAAUCUGCCUACCUAAACUGCUGUGAAAUUAUGUACAUUUUUUUGGCUCUUUUUUUCCCUACCCUCAAAUGUGAAAACUUAAGUGAUCCUUGCCUCACAUUUGUAUUUAGGGCUACACUGGAAACAAAUAUGUUGCAGAGGCAUUUCUAAAAUCAGGUCUUUCUACACAAUUAAUCAAUGCGUGUCAUUCAUAGCACACCACUCUUCAAUUUCGUGCAACCACAUGUUGAUUGUAUAUAGGAGUUGUAAGGGAGUAUGCUUGGGAUAGUUUAAACUGUGAGCAUAUGUUAGUAUAGAGCAACAUUUCUGUGUAUCUCUAUUUGGUUCUUUUCCAUUUUCUUUUCUCAAUUUCGUUCUUUCUUUAACCUGACCUAAAAAGAAAAGUAGGAUUUUGUACAAAAGGUAUUGCACUAUAAUUAAUACUACUUCGAGUGUAAGCUUGAACAGAAAUUUGACAUUUUGUUUAGUUUGGUAAAAAAUUAACAAUCAGUUGUUAUUUUUAAUGGAAUAUUUAAUAAAAUGUUUUAAUUAUUAUUCAAUGUUGGGCUGAGCAGAAUAAAGCUCUGUUGUUCGGUACUAAUAUUUUGCAUAACUUCUUUACAAUCUUCUACAAAAUUCUCAUGACAACACAUCGCUUUCUUUGCAUCAGUUGCCAAAUUAAGACUUGCAGGCACAGUUAGGGUGCAAGAUAUUGUAGAGUCAGUUCAAUACUAUACACCUACUUUGGCACAUCAUGGAAAAUGUUCACUGUCUGAUCUGCUACUAUGAGAGAAAGUUGCCCAGUUACUGUGAUUCAAAGCCAAUUUUUCACUAUUUGAGAGGACAGUAUUUCCUUAUUUGGUGUUGAACUGUUUGACUACUAAAAUAAUAUGAAAGAACUGGAGUAUAAUUAUCAGUAUGCUCUCUUAACACAUUCACUGCCAUUGACGGCUUUAGAAGUCAAAUAUCCAUGUUAACUGGGACGGCUGACAUUGAUUUAAUCACUUGUGUCAGGAUUGAUCUUUAUUUGAACUGCCAUCAAAUAUUACAGCUUGGUGAUACUGCAUCAAUGACUUUUCUGUUUUAUUCAUAAUGUGAAAUUUUUGUAUUGAUGGUAUCGAUAUGAGAACAGAUGUGUAUUAAAGUGUUCUUCUGCUCAAUGAUUUCCAAAUUCAAACAUUUUACUGAUUGAUACAGCUUUUAAUUUUUAAUGACAUUAAAAGCAAGUAUUUCUUAUGUGUCGAAACCAGUGCUUUUGCUCAAAUGAGGCCUAUUUCUGACACUGUCAGUUUUUUUUUUUUUAUUAUCAUUGAAAUCCUGGCAUAAACCAUGAAAUGAAUAGCACAGUACAGUACACAAAACAGUUGCAAUAUUAAUAUAUAUACAGAAUAUAGACUAUCUGACAAUGUCAAAGCCUUGGUAACUUACAAAAGUACAUUACCUCUUCAUAAGGACCCUGUAAAGCUCAAAUGUAUUAUUUUCUAUGGCUAAAUUAUAAAUUGAGCUCGCUUAUAUUUAAAGACAAUUAAAUUAAUUAAAAUGAGCCAUUCAUGUACAAUCACUUUUUAUAUUAUUACAGUACUUAAAUUAGGAAACACUGCAGUUGUGGAUGAUUUGAAGAUAAUUUGAGAAUGUAAUCAUUCCGAGCUUUAGAAGUAUUUAAUAUAUAUUGGGGAGGCUAAUUACAGCGGUACGAAAUUGAUAAUAUUAUAAAAUCGCAUUGGACAUACUGUAUGUUACAGUUACUAUUUAUGUAUCUUUGAGGUAGAGUAACUGGGUUGGCUAGUCAAAAGCAAGCAAGGCACAGAGUAGGAACACAAACAGAUUUGGAUAGUGUUUAAUUAUGUUAAGACAUUACAAGGCAAACAUUUUAUUAAAUCACCUAAGAUGAUCAAUUCAGACAAGAUAAAAAAUAUUUUUUUUGUGAACUGGAGUUGAUUGUUGAAAUUAUUUUUUUGUUUGUUUUUGGGUUUUUUUGCCUUCUCAUCCAUUCCCCACUCCUAAACAGUGGCAAGUGAGUAAGAAUGAGUCACACUUAUUAAACUAACAGCAGUAUUUUACUGAAAGGCAAUUCUAAUGACCAAUGUCUUCAGAAAAGAGCAGAGCAAUGAGAGGAGGUCUUUGGCCCAAUGCAGGCACACAAAUGGGUAAUAUAAUGUAGAAUUUAGCCAUGUGCUACACUGACCCAACUAGAUUUUGAGGAGAAGCAACUACACAUUUAAGUUACGAGUGCACACAUAAGCAAAGUCUAGGGGGCUAAUGUUGCUUUAAAUGAAUAAAGAGCAGUCCAGCUUUAAAGCCUUAAAGAAGGGUUUACUGUGUUUUUACUUGGAUGCAGAUAUUAAUUGGGCCUGACAGGAAAUGAUUUCAUCUUCCAUCCCUUUGUUGAGUUUUUAGCGACCUAUCUAUUAAGUGUGGAUAGUUUAAUGCAUUUCAGUCAAAUGCAUAUCAUUUUUGGUUCUGAAGUUUUACUUGUAAGUGCAGACAAAUGGCUUUACUGAUUUCUUGGUCACUUUCACACAGUGAAAACACUUCCCACGCGUCCUUCCAAUCUGCCAAGCACUUCAUGGCGGAAAAGAAAACAAAUGGUUGAAUUGAACAACCUUCAUUAGUACUGUAUGUGCCGCAUGGACAAUUCCUGUGAAUGUCAGACAUUAUCAAAGCCCCAAGUGUUUUCUACUAUACAACUUGCAAUGGUAGUUUUCUGAGCAGAAGAGCACUUGAAUUCCAUGCUAGCGCAAUUUAACUAAGAAUUAUCACAUGACUGCCCAUGGGAAAUUGAUUUUCACUUCAAAAAUAUAUUGCUUUACUCUUUCAUGGUGAAAUGUAUGUAUUUGCAGUUCAGUUUCCAAAGAAGGACACAAGGAUUAAAACGAAUCUGUGAAAUAUGUUAAUUUUGUACAAACACACACACACACAAAAAAAAACUGUAAAAAUGCUUCUAUGGAUGUUUUGUACUCAGCCUGAGCUCUUGAUAUGUCUGUGUAUUUAUUUUUAUUACGUUUUUUUUUGAUGUAUUUCUGAUCUGCAGUUAUUUUGUUUUGGUUUUAUUAUUGUGGGGUUGCUGGGACUUUAUUACAUGCAGUGAUAUAUGUUAUAACAGAUUGAGAGCAGAGAAAGCCUUUAAUAGUAUGCUAAAUAAAAGAAAGUUGUAUAUUUGCAUGAUUCUCUGUACUUUUGGGAGACAAAAGAAUAUAUAUUGUUGUGUAAAAUGAGUGGCUGUACAAUGAAACAAAAACAACUAGGGGCUGUACGUUUAAGCAUUUUUUUUUAGCUUUUUAAUUUUUUAUUCUCUGUAACUGUUGAUAUUUACAUUGCUACUUUAUUUAUUUAUUUAUUUUGCGGAAAUGUCUGAACCUGGUGGUUGUUGAGAAACUAUCACACAUUGCGAAGUUGUAACUGCAAUUCUUAAUUUUUGCAAAACUUGUUCUUGGUGUUGCACCCACAGUUUUUUUUUUGUUUGUUUUUUGUAAACAUGGAUCGCUUCAAUAGUCAUAUUUUUCAAGAUUAAUACAUCAUGUGGUUCUAAUUUGCUCGUAGAAUAAUUUUCUGUACCAAACACGGAAUGUUCUGAUGGUGAUGAUUUAAUUCUGAAUCAAUAACAGAGCAUCAGCUGCUUCGGCGGGCACCCACUCUCUGUGUGAUACAACACUAGUUUCCCUUGCUCAUCAGCUUCUCUCAUGUUGAAUGGCCACUUGAUGGAAAUCACCUAUUAUAUUUGCUUAUUUAAUCUUUUUUUUAAAUUAUUAUUAUUUUUCCCAAUCCAAAAUAUUGCCAAACUCACAGACUAGUAAAGCAACACAUAAAAGAUGGCACAACAUUUCGUAUUUAAAAAAAAAGAGACAGAUAAAUAAAGGGAAAUUAUGAACUUCAUUUGAAGUGGAGUGACUCUGGAUUAUCAAACUUUGACAAAUUUCAUCCAAAAGAAAGAGCUCACCAAACUUGAAUGUGAUUAAUGUGAAGGACUACCAGUUUGAUACACACUUCUGAAAUAACAAAUUUGGCCAAAUGUUUGGGGGGUAAACCAUCUCAUCGCCGUUGCGCCCGCUAGCUUGUCUCCACGAACACUAAGGUUUGGUCAUAUGCUACAAUACUGAAUGAUUUGAUAACCUAUACUAGGUUUUUUUGUUUGUUUGUUUGUUUUCUUAUUUACUCAAAUUCAAGUGUUAUUCAAAACAGAUUAGCAAUAAAAAAAAAAAAAAAAAAGUUAAAUGCAGCUCACUGGUAAUUGUCUUUUUGUGUGUUUGUUUUUUGGUAGAACAGCAGCACACAAAAAUAGACACAUCUAACUGGUGAGCUAUUUUUAGACAAGGCCGGCAGGCUACUCAUGUCGUCCUUGGGGGUUACCUGAUGCCUGCGGGCACCAUGUUGGUGACCCCAGCUCUGUGAAAAUGGAGACAAGAAUGAAAAAACAUUGCUGUAAAGACAUUUUUUGGGGAAACUCUUUAACCGCUGUAACACUUACAUUUAAAUAGAAAUACCCAGCGGCACGGUGUCCGACUGAUUAGCACGACCGCCUCACAGUUCAGAGGUCAUGGGUUUGUAUCGGAGCUCUGGCUGGUCUUCCUGUGUGGAGUUUGCAUGUCAUCGACGUGUUUGCGUGCGUUUUCUGCGGGUACUCCGGCUUCCUCACGCAUUCCGAAAGAAUGCGUGUCAUGUUAAUUGAAAACUUUAAAUUUUCCUUAGGUGUGAAUGUAAAUUUAAAUGCUUGGUUGUCUAUGCGUGCCCUGCGAUUGGCUGGCGUCCAGUUUACGGUGUACCAGCCUCUGGACAGAAGUCACCUGGGAUAGGCUCCAGCACACCCACGACGCUAAUUAAAAUAAAUGGGAUAGAAAAUGGAUGGAUGGAAGAAAUAGAGACAAUACAGACUCAGGCCAUUGUAGCCAUCCGAAACAGAAAUACAAACAAAAAGAAAGAUAACAGAGCAACAAAUUAUUUUUUGCUGAAAAUAUAGUUUUGUAAAAUCUGUACCUGUUUCUUUUUAAUUGAGCCAUUGUUCAAACUUUGGAAAUUCAUGGACUAAUGGUUAAGGCUCACUUGUUCAAUAAAAAGAAUUUAAAACGUAUCUAUUUUUUUUUUAAAUCUGAUAAACAAUGUGUGCCGGCACGGUGAGUAACUGGUUAGCACAUCUGCUUCACAGUUCUGGGGGCCGGGCUUCAAAUCCCGGCGCCGCCUGUGUGGACUUUGCAUGUUCUCCCCGUGCCUGGGUGGGUUUUCUCCAGGCACUCCGGUUUCCUCCUACAUCCCCAAAACAUGCGUGUUUGUUUCUGUGCCCUGCAAUUGGCUGGCGACCGGUUCAGGGUGUACCCCGCCUCUCGCCCGCAGUUAGCUGGAAUAGGCUCCAGCAGCCCGCGACCCUAGUGAGGAUAAGCGGUAAAGAAAAUGGAUGGAUGGAAACAAUGUGUAUUAUAUAAGUCAGAGCAUCCGCUGAUAACUGCUUAUAAAACAGCGACUAAAUGUAUUAUCACAAUAUAAACAUGCACCCAUAGUGGCUGAGGGAAAUAUAGGGAUGACAUUAGAGAAAUCAGAUGGGAUGCUUAGCAAGUGUUUUUGCUCUUCCAGUGAUGCCAUAGUAUUAGUUAAGCAUUGCUUUUCUGUUCACAAUGUCACCAUUGAGACUCUUGCAGUAAAUAGCAAUCAUUUUUGUUGUGCACUAUAAAAUGAAUUCCAUUUAUUUAUGUGUGUAUAUUAACUAAAAAUAGCAAAAGUGUGUAUUUUUUUUACAUCAAUCACAGAACACUUUAUUAUAAAUUCCAUCAACUUUGACAUAUUCCUUAGUAAUUGGCGGCUCAUUCAAAUGCCACUGCCAGUUUUAUUCAACCCAAUUUGCCUUUACGCCCUCCCCUUGUUUGAGAUGGGGAUCUGCCUUGCACGGAUACUCAACUUGUCAGUGUGGCUAUUUCGCAUCUGGGAUCUAAUUUGGGAGUCAUGUUUUAAUUGGAUGAGAUUGCACCAUAAUCACAUGAGUCAGACAAUUAUUAGUGCUUGGGGGGCAUUUUGUAAGUCAGAAAUGACAUUUCUUUAACCUCCAGAGCGGUGAAACUUAUUAAAAGGUCUCACUGGACUGAGCAGACGUCGGUAUCGAACAAUUCUGAUUAAAUAUUUGUUAUGCUCCUAGAUUGCAGAGGAUGGAUUCUUUAUGCUAAACUCACAAUCCAAUUGUGUUGUCCUGUGGCCAGAACAAUAGAAGUAGUAGUAUGAAUUGACAACUGGUUGAUUAGAAAUACCAUCCUCAACUCAUAAAGGAAAUCAAAUGAAGGAUUGUGUUGAAAAGAUGCCCAUUCAUUGAAACAACAAAAACUUGUUUUGCAUGUCCUUACAUCUAAAUUCAAUCUGGAUUAGCCUAGUCUGUGAGUCUUCUCUUGUGAAAAUCACAAAAGAUACACAUAUUAUUGAUGACACCCACAGUGCAUCUUUCAUACAUGCUCAUAAUCUAUUCUAUUCAUUUCUUUAUUUUCAUUUACAGUGAAACAGUGCAACAUUGCGCCAUGUCCCCUCCCCAAAAACAAAUAUUGUCUGUCAACAGCUCCUUAAAAUUACCAAGACCCUUGUCAUUCUGCCAUAAUCGACUCAUAAACUAAGGACAGGUUGCAAUUUGGAGUUCUAGACAGUCAAAUUAUAUUAGCUGUUCUAGGGUCCUUCGAGAUAUUAUAUUUUGGCAACAUACUUUUUGGCAAGACCAUUCUUGGUACAAUGCCGACCGAUUGAUGGAAGGUGAGGCCAUUUGUGAUAUGGAAUUAGUUACAUUUGUUGGCAACUACGAGUGUGGGUGAAAUAUUAUCAUCAUCCUUGUGAUCCGUCAAGUGGCCUAACUGAUUUUGUAUAGCUGUAUUGACAAGGCUCUUUUCGCUAUUCUUUCUUUCUUAUUUGCAGUAAGGGGCUGUCACUGCAUCAUUUUUUUAAAAAGAAUUUUUACUUUAAUGGAUUAUUUAGGAGUCUCACACAAAAGAAAAUACAAAAGUUUGGACGGUGGUACAUGGAAAAAAAAUUCUUUUUGCUUUAUGUAUUAUUUUUUGCUGGUAUUGACAUGUUCCCUUUGCAAUUUAUGUACAAAAGAUCUAUUUCUAUAUUUGCAAUAAAUUUGUAAUUAAAAUCA